AUGGAAUCAAAAGGACAGAUGCCGCCGUAUGCCACCACGCCGAUGGCCCAGCCCGCCCAGUACCAGUACGAGCACGAUCCCCAUCCGAGCCAGCAGACGGCCUACCAGCCAGAGGUGCAGGCUGCUCCCCAGCAGUACCAGCAGACCCAGCAGCCCGAGCAAUAUCGCGCGGUCCAGCCGAUGCAGAUGGCCACGGCUGCCGUCCCUGGCGGGUGGCAGUCCGACCUGCUCGACUGCACGCCGCUCAGCACCUGCUGUCUGGGCACCUGGCUGCCCUGUCUCCUUCUCGGCCAGACGGCCGAGCGCAUGCGCAAUCCCGCCAACCAGAAUCCCGACGGCUGCAACGCCGACUGCAUGGUCUUAUGUGCCAUCCAGUACUGUACCGGCUGUGGCUGGAUCUAUGUCAUGGUCAAGCGCUCCGAAAUCCGCCAGCAGCUCGGCAUCAAGGGCAACGGCGCCUCCGACUGCUGCACCUCCUACUGGUGCACAUGCUGCGCCGUCAUCCAGCAGGAAAAGGAGGUCGUCGCGCGCACGGGCGGCGCCGCCCCCAUCACUCAGGGCUACCAGGCCCAGUCCAGCAUGCAGAUGCCGCAAAAGUGA